CUACCACUACAACAGCACUCAAAUUCAGCACUUUUUAUCCGGAACGGAGCAGGACGCGCGCUGACUGCUGUAUGCUGACUGAAACGUUCGUAGGCUGGCGCAGUUCGAAGUUGCGUCCGGAAUUGCCUCUGAAUCCCACAGAAGAGCAUUCAGAGCUGGUUAAAACUAUCUGAAAUUAGUGAACAGUGGCUGUGGUAUUACCGUCUGUAUCGAAAUGAAGGAAUUAAAGGCAAUCCUACGCUCGCUGGUCAUCUCCAACGCCGAGCGGGGCAUGAGCGAGUAUCAGCUCGAUCGAGACUUCAAAAGCCUUGAAGGACGCAACAUACCGUUCCGUGAACACGGAUUCCAAUCCCUGGAUGCUAUGCUGCGAACCAUGACCGAUGUCGUAAAGGUGAUGGGCAUGGGAACUGGUGCCACAGUGUAUCCGGUCACGUCGGAGAAAACCCAACACAUCCGUGAGAUGGUAGAAAAAAGCAAGAAGAACAAAAAGAAGAAACCGAAAUACACUGCUCCUUACGUUCGGAAAACAGCGUCGAACCCUCUGCCCAAGCCCAAACCAGCAGUUGCAGCAAAGAGUAACAGUUACGGCAAAAACAACAACUACAACUACAACAACUAUAACAACACCAACUACAACACUAACAACAACUACCAGCACAAUGGUACAGGACGGGCCGCGAAUGCUGGUCAGAAAAGGCCUGCAACGGCAUCGUCGUCCAAGAAAAAGCGAGAAAAUUUAACCAUCACUAUCCCCAACGAUGUAAACGAACAGUUCAACAUGUUUUGGAAUGCGAUACAACCGGUGCUUAAUACCUCGUACGGUCAGAACACACAGCAGCAGCAUCAGCAGCAGUGGCAGUCGUGGGGCAAUCAGUAUGGCUACUACCAGAAUGCACAACAGUACCAGAACAAUUGCAACGGUAAUCAGCAACGUCACGCCAAUAACCAGAAGUCCGGACGUAAAGGACAGAACGAGUGGAGCAACAAGCGAGCCUCAACGCCGUUCUACGGGAAUGGUAACGAUUUUACUAGCGACUGCUGGAACAGUUACUACUCGCAGUUCUAUGGGAAUGAGCAUUUCGGCGGCAACUUUUUCUCUGGAGGUGGUUGUUAUCCGAGCCUGCAGAAUUACUAUUCGAGCUACGGCUACGGUAACUUCCAGACCAACAUGUACAACGAUGGCGCCUGGGAGUGUAAUUACAAUGCCUCGUACGGCUACGAUCAGUACGGGUACUUCCUCCAAGGUAUGGGAAAUAAUUACUACUAAAUUUUAGGUGGUAUGGAUUGUCGGAAAGUUGAAAUGAAAUGUUUAAAAUUGUCCUAUUACAAAGGGAAGGAAACCUGUUGUUUAUGAAAAUUGGUACACUUUUGAAUUUGAGAGCAGUUUAGGAGGGUAUAAUAACACAUCUGUGGGAGCGCAUGUUGCCCCUGCAGAUCUUCGAAUAGCACCACUCGUAUGAAGUGGUUAAAAUGAAAUGGAAAAAUCUUAACUCCUAAUGUCUUAGCUCCUCUCAGCUACCCUACAGUUCGGCCAGUGCCUACUAGGAAAAACAUUCCACCUUUGUUUUAUUUGCUGAACAACAGUAGUGUCUCCAGCUGGUUUGGGGUAAACAAUGUUUCAUAAUAAUGUCCAUGCUUUUAAUGGAUUCUUUCUUUUCCAAUCUCUGCAUUUCAGAUCGGUCCGUUUCCUUAUUUUUAUUUUUUUCAUUUUCGUAUUUUUUAUUAAUUUAUAAUAGAAACAGGUUUUUGUUCUUUUGAAUAUUUGCAAAUAUCAUUUAUUUGAGCUUUCACAUUCGUACCAGCUCGUUUGAUACUGUCAAAUGUAAAGCUAAGUGCCAGAAUUGCGACCUAUCGAAUCAAUACCAAAACACCAGAAAGCGUGCGAAGUAAUACCAGAAAUAUGUAAUUUUCCCAGCGCGGGAAAAGUUACGAACGAUAGUAUUGGUAGGUAAAUCUUUCUUCGUAGUUUUUGUAUAAAAAAAAAACGUUGAAUGGAAUGAUACAGCCAGAUAGAUAGAGUUAGUAAGGCGCAGUAAAUGUGUUAGCAUUCUGUUUGUAAAAUGUUUCUUCUCU